GCAUGUACCCUUCAAUCACAAUCUGUCUUAUUUCUCCUAUAUAUCUUCUUCUUCUGCCAUCCCCUUCUCCCUACUCUCUCCUCCUCCCACGGCGGCGCCACCAUAAACCACCAUCCACAAAGUGGCUGACCACCAACAAAAAAAAAUGCCAAGAAUUCUACAAAAAAAAUUCUACCAUUGCUUGCCAAAUUUCAAAUGCCUUCCCACAACUCUAGCUCUCCCUUUUGAAGAAGAAGAAGAAACAGAACAACAAACUAUCAAGAACUUCAACUCUGUUUUCAACAUUCCUUCUGAUUCCACCACUUCUAAAUCUCUCACUAAUUCCUCCACAACUACAGAAGAUAUUAACUGCAUUUUCUCUUCUUUUGAAGAUUCAGAUUACUCUGAUUAUACUGAUUCCAAUAAUAUUCCAGAUUUCUCUAAUGUGUUUGCUUCUCAACGUUUCUUUUUCUCUUCACCUGGCAACUCCAACUCCAUAGUUGAUUUUCCGGCAACUCUUUCGCCGGAAAAACGUGAAGUUGUCACCGGUGGUGUUGCCGUUCAGACAUACUCACCCGACCCGUAUUCGGAUUUUCGACGAUCAAUGCAAGAAAUGGUGGAAGCUCAUGAGUUGACGGACGUGAAAGCGAAUCGUGAAUUCUUGCAUGAACUUCUCCUAUGUUAUUUAAACCUUAACCCCAAACAUACUCACAAGUAUAUUAUUGGUGCUUUUUCGGAUCUUGUUGUUUCCCUUAUGUCUGUAGAUGAUUCCGGAAAAAAGAAGGAAGGUAUAGCUAGGCCGUGAUGAACAGAGUCGAUGUAAAAUUGGAUAGGUUCGAUAUGUAUUAAUUAGGGCUUGAUGACGUUAUCAACUAAUUUCAGCGAGUUGUUCCAAAUGAUCAAAAUGCUGUGAAUGGCAUCCGGAUAAAUAUCAGCUAACGGCUACAAUCCAUGAAAAUCACCAGAAAUUCCACAUCCAACAUUGAUAUGAUAUAGAAAUUCAGAAUUUUGAGUUCAUGAAUUCUGAAUUCUAAAAAAAAAAAAACUUACUAGGUUCUGCAUAAAUUAUGUAUAUAUAUUAAGUGGAUUCUCAAACAAGAAUGUUUGAUUUUGUUGAAAGUUACAGGCUUCUGCUAAACCUAUAACUAGCCUGUACCGAAUCACCGUCACAUGCAUGGUUGGUUUAACCUUUUUUUUUUUCCUUCUCUUAUCCUUUCUAAAUAUGUUUUGAAGUUAGAUUUACUUUUGUGUUUUUCUGAAUGGUUUUGUCAUUGGUAUGACA